GCGGCGCCGCAGCCAUGGAGGGAGGCGGCGGCGGCGGCUCGGGCGGCGACACUGGGAGACGGCGGUGAGCGGCUCCCACGCCCCCGGCCCGGCCCUGGCCCCCGGGACGGAGCGCCGAGCAGCCCCCCGGCUCCGGGCUGCGGACUAUGGGCGAGCAGCGCUGACCACCCGGGGAAGAGCUGAGGAUGAAGCGGAGAGCAUCAGACAGAGGAGCUGGGGAAACGUCGGCCAGGGCGAAGGCUCUAGGGAGUGGAAUUUCUGGAAACAAUGCAAAGAGAGCCGGACCAUUUAUCCUUGGUCCCCGUCUGGGCAAUUCACCAGUGCCAAGCAUUGUGCAGUGUUUGGCAAGGAAAGAUGGCACAGAUGACUUCUAUCAGCUGAAGAUCCUUACCCUUGAAGAGAGAGGUGAGCAAGGCAUAGAGAGCCAAGAGGAGAGGCAGGGCAAGAUGCUGCUGCACACUGAGUACUCUCUGCUCUCCCUGCUGCACACACAGGAUGGCGUGGUCCACCACCACGGGCUCUUCCAGGACCGCACCUGUGAAGUUGUUGAGGACACAGAAUCCAGUCGAAUGGUUAAAAAGAUGAAGAAACGCAUCUGCCUUGUCUUGGACUGCCUCUGUGCUCAUGACUUCAGUGACAAGACGGCCGACCUGAUCAACCUACAGCACUAUGUCAUCAAGGAGAAGAGGCUCAGCGAGCGGGAGACCGUGGUCAUCUUCUAUGAUGUGGUCCGGGUGGUGGAGGCCCUGCACCAGAAAAACAUUGUACACAGAGACCUGAAGCUUGGGAACAUGGUGCUCAAUAAAAGGACCCAUCGAAUAACCAUCACCAACUUCUGCCUUGGGAAGCAUCUUGUGAGCGAAGGAGACCUGCUGAAGGACCAGAGGGGGAGCCCAGCCUACAUUAGCCCUGAUGUGCUCAGUGGCCGUCCAUACAGGGGCAAGCCGAGUGACAUGUGGGCUCUUGGUGUGGUACUCUUCACCAUGCUCUAUGGCCAGUUCCCUUUCUACGACAGCAUCCCACAGGAGCUCUUCCGCAAGAUCAAGGCUGCUGAGUACACCAUCCCUGAGGAUGGGCGUGUCUCUGAGAACACCGUGUGUCUCAUCCGGAAACUACUAGUUCUCGAUCCCCAGCAACGCCUGGCUGCUGCUGAUGUCCUGGAGGCUCUCAGUGCCAUCAUUGCAUCUUGGCAGUCCCUGUCAUCUCUGAGUGGGCCUUUGCAAGUAGUUCCUGACAUCGAUGACCAAAUGAGCAAUGCAGACAGCUCCCAGGAGGCAAAAGUGACGGAGGAGUGCUCCCAGUACGAGUUUGAGAACUACAUGCGGCAGCAGCUGCUGCUGGCUGAGGAGAAGAGCUCCAUCCACGAGGCCCGGAGCUGGGUGCCCAAGCGGCAGUUCGGCAGCGUGCCACCGGUGCGACGGCUGGGCCACGACGCACAGCCCAUGACCUCCUUGGACACAGCCAUCCUGGCACAACGCUACCUGCGGAAAUAGCGGCGGCCUCUGCCAGGACACCUGCCCCAGUAUCACCUCUCCAGGCGCCCAGUCCCAGCCCCAAGCCUGGCUGUCAGGGCUGGGCCCAAAGUGCUGGACUUUCCCAGGCUGCCAUGGGGCAGGGCAGGGCAGGGACAGCCCAGGUCACGUGAGUCAGCAGAGGCACCACAAAGCUACCUUUUGGAAUGAUUGCUUGAUUGUUUGGUUUUUUGUUUUUUGUUUUUUUAAUCUGAGAAGCCUAGAUAACUAAUCUGCUUUUAAUCAUGACAUUUUAAUCUACCUCUGUCUCUUUAACUGAGCUGUCUCUGGACUAAGUGACAGGAGGAGGAGGGAGCCAGCCACCCACCCAGGCUGUGGCCCCGGGGCCCUGUCCCCCACAGUCCAAAUAAGCUCAAAGAGCAGCUCGCUGCUGGCUUCCCAAAUGAAUGCCCUCCAGACCCGCCCCUCCCCCCAGCUGCAGAACACCUCCACCUCAUCGGAUGCCCAGUUCAAAUAUAUUUAUUUUUUUACUGAAAUCAACUUCUCUCCCAUCUCUGGGUGGCUCAGCCUGGGGCUACCCCGUCCCCACGUGGACAGCAGGGGUCCAUGUGGGCUCCCUCCUCACCCCCAGGCACAGAGGAGCCCCUUUGCUGGCCCAUCCUGCCCAGCCCUCUGUUUCCAGUGAUGGGAGGCCUUUCUAGGUUUCAUUCUUUCUCUGUCUCACUCAGUGGCUUCUCUGAGGUGCUGCCCGUGGAAGCCCUGCUUCCUUCUCCGUCUUUCAUGUGGUACCCAGGUACACAUGGUACCCACACAGCAGACACGAUGUGAAGGGAGCGGGGGUAGACUGGGCGGCAAUGCUCUGGGUCUGGCUGCUCUUGCUUUCCCACCCCUGUGUUCAGAGGACCCACCAUGGGAGCAUCUCCCCUCCUGCCCUCACCUCAGAGUAGAUGUUGUGUCUCCUUUGGCACACCCUAGCCAGGGACCUUCAUGGAGGUCAGAGACUUGAGGGGACGAUUGUAGCGAUCGGGGACCUGCCCUGCCUGGUUUGAGAACAGCCCUGCUGCCCUUUUGAGCCAAGAUUUUGAAGUGGAUGCCCGUCUUGCCAGAACUGCUGUUCUCACCAGAAUGACCACCUCUCCCUUCCCCCUCACUGGACUCGGCCCAGCCCAGUGCCAAGCAAAGACCCUCGUCCAGAGGCCUCUCCUCCCCAUGUAUCCUUAGAGAGGCCAAAUAUCCCCUCCAGGUAGCCCAAGGCCCUUCCUGCCUAUUCUUGCUUCCCAGUGGGGAGGUGACUGUUUCUAGAGUGUGGGCUGCCUCCUUUUAUCCCCCCAAAAAGCUGACUCACUGUGAGUGACCUUGGGCAAGUUCCCAAACUUCCUUGUGCCUCAGUUUCCCCAUCUGGAAAAAAUGGGGCCACCUCUUGCCAGCAGUAGCAGGGCUGCCCACACCCCUCCUCCCCCUGUCCCCAAUCUAGCACUUGGGCGCCUUGUGCCUCUGCCUCAGUGGGUCUGUGGGAGCCCUCCUGAGCCCAGCACUUCCUCCCUGAGCACCUGGCUCUGCCUCUAGCCCAGCUGUCCAGCCUCUCGAGAGCCAGGGGUGGGGAGGCCUCUUUUCUGUAUUUAUUUGAUAAAAGUCUCCUGAGGGAGCAGAAAUGCAGUCAGCGUGGACUCCCGGGCCUGAGACUGCCCUCUGGCGAGGCUUGGGGGCUAGCCAGGGCCACCUGGACAGAGCCCCUAGCCAACAGUCUGUGGGGCCCCUUGGGCCUGCGUUCCACUUGCGGUCUCUCUCCUCCUUUUCAAAGCAAUAUCCUCAGGUCUGCAGAGCCCUGUCAGCCAGCCCUGGCUCUGGCUGCGUUUUGGCGAAGGAGAGGAGAGGAGGUUGGGUCUGCCCUCACUGGUGUCACACACUGAGAGAAGUCCUGUUGUAAAGAAACAAAACAAAACGGAAAAAGUCACAAAAAGUUUGUAUAAAGACGUAUUUUUGUACUACAUGGGGACUCUUCCUGCAUGUCAGCAAUAAAACUUCCUGAUCUGGAGCCA